AGAGGGAGGGAGUGUGUAUGAGAGAGUGGAGAAGGAGGAAAGACAGAGAGAAGAGACAGUAGGGGGAAAAAAACCCAGUGAAGAGCAAACGGAAGGAUUUUGUGAUUUCUCCUGAGGAGCUUCUGCUGAUAACCCUGGGAGCAGGAUGGCUGAAGGAGAGGGAGGGGAUGAAGAGAUCCAGUUCCUGCGAACGGAUGACACGGUAGUGCUCCAGUGUUCAGCGACCAUCCUGAAGGAGCAGAUCAAACUGUGCCUGUCCUGUGAGGGCUUUGGGAACAGAUUGUGCUUCCUGGAAACAACAUCCAAUGCCCAGAAUGUGCCCCCUGACCUUGCGAUCUGUGCCUUCGUGCUGGAGCAGUCACUCUCAGUGCGGGCCCUGCAGGAGAUGCUGGCCAAUACCGUGGAGAUGAUGGAGGCAGUCGAUUUGGACCAAUGGUCCUCCCAGGGAGGAGGUCACCGGACACUACUCUAUGGCCAUGCUAUCCUGCUCAGACACCACCACUCUGACAUGUACCUCAGCUGCCUGACCACCUCUCGAUCACUAACAGACAAGCUAGCCUUUGAUGUCGGAUUACAGGAGGAUUCUACAGGUGAAGCAUGCUGGUGGACCAUCCAUCCUGCCUCCAAACAGAGGUCGGAAGGUGAGAAGGUCAGAGUGGGAGAUGACCUCAUCCUGGUUAGCGUGUCAUCUGAGAGAUACCUGCACCUGUCCUGUGCCAGUGGAGACCUGAUGGUAGACGCCUCGUUCAUGCAGACGCUGUGGAACAUGAACCCAGUGUGCUCUGGCUGUGAGCUGGCAGAGGGUUACUUGACUGGAGGACAUGUCUUGCGCCUGUUCCAUGGUCACAUGGAUGAGUGUCUGGCUGUUCCGGCACCCGAGCAAGGAGUUCAGCGCAACAUAGCACAGUAUGAGACAGGAACUGUCUGCAGUCAAGCUCGCUCUUUGUGGAGACUCGAACCUCUGAGAAUCAGCUGGAGCGGAAGCCACAUGAAGUGGGGCCAGUCGUUCCGUGUCCGCCACAUCACCACUGGUCGCUAUUUGUGCCUGGACGAGGAGAAAGGCCUGAUGGUGCUCGAGCCCCAGAAGGCCAACACCAAGCAAUCUGCCUUCUGCUUCCGGGCCACCAAGGAGAAGGUUGAGGUGGUGAAGAAGCGCGACGUGGAGGGGAUGGGGGUGCCGGAGAUCAAGUACGGCGAGUCCAUGUGCUUCGUACAGCAUGUCUCCACGGGUUUGUGGGUCACCUACGCUGCUCUGGAUGCCAAAGCAGCUCGUCUGGGUACCAUGAAGAGAAAGGUCAUUCUGCAUCAGGAGGGCCAUAUGGAUGACACGCUGAUGAUGGCACGCUCACAGAUGGAAGAAUCUCAGGCAGCGCGGAUGAUCUACAGCACCACGGGCCUCUUCACACAGUUCAUCAAGGGGCUGGACUCUCUGAGUGGGAAGAACAGGGCAACAGGGCCCAUUACACUUCCCCUGGACGCGGUGAUCCUCUCGCUGCAGGAUCUCAUCCACUACUUCCGGCCACCGGAGGAAGAGCUGGAGCAUGAGGAGAAGCAGACCAAACUCCGCUCACUGCGCAGCCGCCAGAACCUAUUCCAAGAAGAGGGAAUGAUUACCAUCGUUCUGGAGUGUGUCGACAGGCUGAACGUGUACAACACUGCUGCCCACUUCUCUGAGUUUGCUGGAGAGGAAGCAGCUGAGUCCUGGAAGGAAAUAGUCAACCUGUUCUAUGAACUGCUGGCCUCUCUCAUCAGAGGGAACCGUUCAAACUGUGCUCUCUUCUGUGAUAAUCUCGACUGGCUGGUGAGCAAGCUCGAUCGUCUGGAAGCCUCUUCAGGCAUUCUAGAGGUGUUGUACUGUGUUUUGAUUGAGAGUCCUGAAGUACUGAACAUUAUCCAGGAGAACCAUAUCAAAUCCAUCAUCUCUCUUUUGGACAAGCAUGGACGUAAUCAUAAGGUCUUAGAUGUCCUGCGCUCUCUGUGUGUGUGCAAUGGUGUGGCUGUGAGGUCCAAUCAAAAUCUCAUCACAGAAAAUUUACUUCCGGGUCGUGACCUUCUGCUACAGACCAACAUCGUCAAUUAUGUGACCAGCAUGAGGCCCAAUAUCUUCCUAGGGACAUGCGAAGGCUCAACACAGUAUAAGAAGUGGUACUACGAGGUGAUUGUAGACUACGUGGAGCCCUUCGUGACAGCACAAGUUUCGCAACUGCGUGUGGGCUGGGCCAUGACUGUGGGCUUCAGUCCCUACCCCGGCGGCGGAGAGGGCUGGGGGGGUAACGGCGUCGGAGAUGACCUCUACUCAUACGGCUUUGACGGGCUUCACCUGUGGUCCGGUCAUGUGUCACGUCAGGUGGCAUCACCCAAUCAGCACAUCCUGGCCGCUGAUGAUGUCGUGAGCUGUUGUCUGGAUCUUAGCGUGCCCAGUAUUUCCUUCCGCAUUAACGGCCAUCCCGUGCAGGGCAUGUUCGAGAACUUCAACUUGGAUGGCCUCUUCUUCCCUGUCAUAAGCUUCUCAGCUGGUGUCAAAGCUCGAUUCCUAUUGGGUGGUCGUCACGGUGACUUUAAGUUCUGCCCUCCCCCUGCCUAUGCGCCAUGCUACGAGGCUCUUCUGCCCAAAGAGAGAAUGCGGAUUGAGCCCAUUAAAGAGUACAAGCAUGACUAUAAUGGAGUCAGAAACCUGCUGGGGCCCACAAUGUCCCUCACACACACCUCUUUUACACCCUGUCCUGUGGACACUGCCCAGAUUGUAUUGCCUCCCCACCUGGAGCGGAUCAGGGAGAAGCUGGCAGAGAACAUCCAUGAGCUAUGGUCUGUAACUCGCAUCGAGCAAGGCUGGACAUAUGGGCCUUUCCGUGACGAUAAUAAGAAACUCCACCCGUGCCUGGUGGACUUUCUGAGUCUCCCAGAACCUGAGAGGAACUACAAUCUGCAGAUGUCUGGGGAGAUUUUAAAGACACUCCUGGCUCUUGGCUGCCAUGUAGGUAUGGGAGAUGAGAAAGCAGAAGAAAACUUGAAGAAGAUCAAACUUCCCAAAACGUAUGUGAUGAGCAGCGGCUAUAAGCCUGCCCCUCUCGAUCUCAGCCAUGUGAAGCUCACGCCCAACCAGAACCAGCUGGUGGAGAAGCUGGCAGAGAAUGGGCACAACGUGUGGGCCCGCGACCGAGUGAGGCAGGGCUGGACCUACAGCAUCGUCCAGGACAUCAUGAAUAAGCGUAACCCUCGCCUGGUACCGUACAGUCUGCUGGACGAGAAAACAAAGAAAACCAACAGAGACAGUGUCAACAACGCCGUGCGCACCCUCAUUGGCUAUGGGUACAACAUCGAGCCUCCUGACCAGGAGAGCAGUGGUCAUACAUCAGACAACACCCGUGGAGACAAGGUGCGCAUCUUCAGAGCCGAAAAGCAAUACGCCGUGACCUCAGGCAAAUGGUACUUUGAGUUCGAGGCGGUAACCACAGGGGAGAUGAGAGUGGGCUGGGCUCGGCCCAACGUGCGUGCCAAUACUGAUCUGGGAGCAGACGAGCUGGCCUACGUCUUCAAUGGGAACAGGGCUCAGCGCUGGCACAUUGGGAACGAGCCGUUUGGUAGACAGUGGCAGUCUGGUGAUGUGGUGGGAUGCAUGAUCGACUUGGUGGAGAUGAACAUCAUGUUCACUCUGAAUGGAGAGAUGUUAAUCAGCGAUUCUGGGUCUGAAAUGGCCUUUAAAGACAUUGAAAUUGGAGAAGGUUUCAUCCCCGUGUGCUCACUGGGCCUGUCCCAGGUAGGACGCAUUAACCUGGGCCAGAAUGUGAGCAGCCUGAGCUACUUUGCCAUCUGUGGUCUGCAGGAGGGCUUCGAGCCGUUCGCCAUCAACAUGAAGAGGGACAUCACCAUGUGGUUCAGCAAGAGUCUGCCCCAGUUCGUUCCAGUGCCCACAAACCACAACCACAUUGAGGUGUCUCGUGUGGACGGUACAGUGGAUAGCGCCCCCUGCCUGAAGCUCACGCACAAGACUUUUGGCUCCCAGAAUGCCAAUACGGACAUGCUGUUCCUGAGACUGAGCAUGCCCAUCCAGUUCUAUGAGACAUUUAAGGUGCCUGCAGGGACCACCCUCCUCACCCGCGCCCUCACAAUCCCAGAAGACGAGGUCCUGGAGGUGGAUCCUCACUCGGAAUACGAGGUACUGAAGAAGUCAGCCAGCCGGAAGGAGCAGGAGGAGAAAGAGAAGGAACCAUCGAUGCCUAAAGACCUCCCAAGCAUCAAGGAGAAUGACAAAGACACCGCCUCUGAGAAAGGCAAAAAGAAGGGUUUCCUGUUUAAGGCUAAGAAGGCAGCCAUGAUUGCCCCUCCCCCUCCUCUUCCUGUCCUGCCCCGCUUGAUAGAGGACGUGGUGCCGGAUGACCGAGAUGACCCAGAGAUCAUCCUCAGCACCACUACAUAUUAUUACUCAGUGCGGAUAUUCGCUGGUCAAGAGCCAGGUGGGGUUUGGGUGGGUUGGGUUACCCCUGAUUUCCACCAGUAUGAUCUCAAUUUUGACCUCUUCAAAGUUCGCACAGUCACGGUGACUGUGGGAGAUGACAAAGGCAACAUUCAUGACAGCAUAAAGAGGAGCAACUGUUACAUGGUGUGGGCAGCAGACUUAAUCAGUGGCCCCCAGCAGUGCUUCACUCAGGAGGAUCUGGUUGUUGGCUGUUUGGUUGACUUGGCAACUGGUCUCAUGACUUUCACAGCCAAUGGGAAGGAAAUUAACACCUUUUACCAGGUGGAGCCCAACACUAAGCUUUUCCCUGCUGUGUUUGUUCAGCCCUUCAGUCAAAACAUGCUUCAGUUUGAACUGGGAAAGCUAAAGAACAUCAUGCCCCUGUCAGCUGCCAUGUUCCGGAGUGAGCGGAAGAACCCCGUGCCCCAGUGUCCGCCUCGCCUGGACGUUGAGAUGCUGAGCCCGGUGAUCUGGAGUCGAAUGCCUAACCACUUCCUGAAGCCUGAGGUGGGAAAAGUAUCGGACAGACAUGGCUGGAUGGUGGAGUGCAUCGAGCCACUCACCAUGAUGGCGCUCCACAUACCCGAGGAGAACAGGUGCAUCGACAUCCUGGAACUGUCGGAGCGGCAGGACCUGCUGAAGUUCCACUACCACACACUGAUGCUGUACUGUGCCGUGUGCGCACUGGGCAACAAUCGCGUGGCACACGCUCUCUGCAGCCACGUGGAUGAGUCACAGCUCUUCUACGCCAUUGAGAACACGUACCUGCCCGGGCCGCUACGCAUCGGCUACUACGACCUGCUCAUUAGCAUCCACCUGGAGUCAGCCAAGCGCAACCGCUUGGGUACCAACCGCGAGUUCAUCGUGCCCAUGACGGAGGAGACACUCAGCAUCACGCUGUACCCCGACGAGGAGAAGGCACAUAACCUGCCGGGUGUGGGCCUCACCACCUGCCUCAGGCCCAAGCUCCACUUCACAGCUGUCAGCUUCGUGGGCACUGACCCGGACCUGUACACUCUCAGCCCCAUCUUCCCUCUGCAGGAUCUGAAGACCAAGUCUCUGAGUAUGUUAACAGAAGCUGUCAUGGAUGGCAGUCAGGCCAUGCGUGAUCCAGUAGGGGGCAGUGUGGAGUUCCACUUCGUCCCCAUCCUCAAACUUAUCAGCACUCUCCUUAUCAUGGGCAUCUUCAAUGACGAUGAUGUCAAGCAUAUCCUCAAGAUGAUCGACCCCAACGUUUUCGGAGAGGCCCAUAGGAAGGCAGAGGAGCAAGAGGGGGAGGGGGAGGUGGAAGGAGAGUCAGCUGCUAAGGAGCAGGAAGAGGAGGCAAAAGAGAAAGAGGAGGCAGUUGAAGAAGAGCUAGUAGAUGAAGGAGUGGGAGAAGAGGAGGAGGAUGAGGAGCUGAAAGCCCUCAAGAAGGAUGAAGGAGAUGAGGGAGGGGAGAUGGAAAAAGAAAAGGAGAAGGGAGGAGAAAAGGCCAAUGGAGAAAAGGCAGAGGAGGAGAAAGAGGCAGAGGAAGGAGAAGAUGAGGGACAAGAGGAAGCAGAGGAUGCCCCAGAAGAAGGACUUCUCCAAAUGAAACUUCCGGAAUCAGUCAAACUGCAGAUGUGCACCUUGCUGCAGUACUUCUGUGACUGUGAGCUCAGACACCGGGUGGAGGCUAUCGUUGCCUUCUCAGACAAGUUUGUCCAGCUCAUUCAGACGAACCAGCGAGAACGCUACAAUGAGCUGAUGAGAGCCUUUACCAUGUCGGCUGCUGAGACAGCACGCAAGACGCGCGAGUUCCGCUCCCCUCCACAGGAGCAGGUCAUUAUGCUGACUAACUUUAAGAACUGUCUGGAUGAUGAUGACUGUCCAGUGUCUGAAGAGAUUCGGGAACAUCUCCAGCAAUUCCACAACGAUAUCCUCAGUCACUGCGGUGUGCACAUGGAAGAAGAGGAGGAGGAGGAAGAGGUGGAUAGAACUCUGAGAGGAAGGCUACUCAAGCUGGUGGAAAAAAUCAAGAUCCUCCGUAAGAAGAAUGACGAAGAGCCCGAACAAGAGGAAGAGUACAAACCCAGCACUCUGCAGGAGCUGAUCUCCCACACAAUGAUCCACUGGGCCCAGGAAUCGUUCAUCCAGAACCCCGAGCUGGUGCGCAUGAUGUUCAGCUUGCUGCACAGGCAGUACGACUCUCUUGGCGAGCUGAUCCGGGCUCUCCCCAAGGCCUACGCCAUCAAUGCCGUGUCCGUUCAGGACACCAUGGACCUGCUGGAAUGCUUGGGCCAGAUCCGUUCGCUGCUCAUCGUUCAGAUGGGCCCAGAAGAGGAGACACUCAUGAUCCAAACUAUUGGGAACCUCAUGAAUAAUAAGGUUUUCUACCAGCAUCCUAACCUGAUGAGGGCCUUGGGCAUGCACGAGACUGUCAUGGAGGUCAUGGUCAAUGUGCUUGGAGGUGGAGGAGACUCAAAGGAGAUUAGAUUCCCCCAAAUGGUGACAAAUUGCUGUCGCUUCCUGUGUUACUUCUGUCGCAUCAGUCGUCAGAAUCAGCGUGCCAUGUUCGACCACCUGUCCUACCUGCUACAGAACAGUGGCAUUGGUCUAGGAAUGCGAGGAUCCACCCCCCUGGAUGUGGCUGCAGCAUCCUGUAUUGACAACAACGAGCUGGCUUUAGCCCUGCAGGAGCAGGACCUUGAGAUGGUGGUAACAUAUCUGGCUGGGUGUGGACUACAGAUGUGCCCCAUGCUGCUGUCUAAAGGCUACCCCGACAUUGGCUGGAACCCUUGUGGUGGGGAGCGAUAUCUGGACUUCCUCCGUUUUGCUGUAUUCGUUAAUGGUGAGAGCGUAGAGGAGAAUGCCAACGUGGUGGUGCGACUGCUCAUUCGUCGGCCCGAGUGUUUUGGCCCCGCCCUGAGAGGAGAGGGCGGGGCUGGCCUGCUAGCUGCCAUGGAAGAUGCAAUUAAAAUCUCAGAGGAUCCAGCGAGGGAUGGUCCUACCCCUAAGAAAGACAGGCGCUUCAUGUUUGGUGGGGAGGAGCAGCAUGAGGAGAACAGGGUCCAUCUAGGGAAUGCCAUCAUGUCAUUUUACUCAGCUCUUAUUGAUUUGCUGGGACGCUGUGCCCCUGAGAUGCAUUUGAUCGAGGCUGGUAAGGGGGAGGCUCUGAGAAUCAGAGCCAUCCUCAGGUCUUUGGUGCCCAUUGAAGAUCUGGUGGGUGUCAUCAGCUUGUCUGUGCAGAUUCCAACCUUUGGCAAAGAGGGUCAGAUCAUAGAACCCAAGAUGUCUGCCAGCUUUGUACCAGACCAUAAAGCCUCCAUGGUGCUGUUCCUGGACAGAGUAUAUGGCAUUGAUAACCAAGACUUCCUGCUCCACGUGUUGGAGGUGGGCUUCCUACCGGACAUGAGAGCUGCAGCCUCUCUGGACACGGCAGCGUUUAGCACCACAGAGAUGGCACUGGCUUUGAACCGCUACCUGUGCUCCGCCGUACUUCCGCUGCUCACAAAGUGCGCCCCUCUGUUCGCUGGCUCCGACCACCGCGCCAUCAUGAUCGACUCCAUGCUGCACACCAUCUACAGGCUGUCGCGCGGCCGUGCUCUCACCAAGGCACAGAGGGACAUCAUCGAGGACUGCCUCAUGUCCCUGGUCAAGUACCUACAUCCAUCAAUGCUGCAGCAUCUGUUGAGGAGACUUGUGUUUGAUGUGCCAAUCCUCAAUGAGUAUGCCAAGAUGCCCCUGAAACUGCUGACUAAUCACUAUGAGCGCUGUUGGAAGUACUACUGCCUGCCUAACGGCUGGGCCAACUUUGGCACCACGUCAGAGGAGGAGUUACAUCUGUCGCGCAAACUUUUCUGGGGAAUCUUUGAGUCUUGUGCACACAAGAAAUUUGAUGCAGAGUUGUUCAAGAUUGCCAUGCCAUGCAUCUGUGCCAUUGCGGGAGCCAUUCCACCAGACUAUGUAGAUGCCAGUUAUUCUGCGACAGAGAAGAAAGCCACUGUUGAUGCUGAGGGUAACUUUGAUCCCAGACCUGUGGAGACCACCAACACCAUCAUCCCAGAAAAGCUGGAUGCCUUCAUAAACAAAUAUGCAGAGCAUACUCAUGACAAAUGGGCCUUUGAGAAGAUCCAGAACAACUGGACAUAUGGAGAAAUUCUGGAUGAAACUGCUAAGACACAUCCUAUGCUCCGCCCAUACAAGACCUUUUCUGAGAAGGAUAAAGAGAUCUAUCGCUGGCCCAUUAAGGAGUCCAUAAAGGCCAUGUUAGCCUGGGAGUGGACUAUUGAAAAAGCCCGGGAAGAGGGGGAGAAGGCUGAGAAGACCCCUGCCACCGCCACCAGGAAGAUCUCCCAAACUGCUCAGGCUACUUAUGAUCCUAGUCAGGGCUACUCUCCCCAGCCAGUGGAUUUGACCACCAUGGCUCUCUCCAGAGAACUGCAGUCUAUGGCAGAGCAGUUGGCUGAGAAUUACCACAACACCUGGGGCAGGAAGAAAAAGCUGGAGCUUCAAGCCAAAGGUGGUGGGACCCAUCCACUACUUGUUCCUUACGACACUCUGACGGCUAAAGAGAAAGCCCGCGACAGAGAGAAAGCACAGGAUCUCCUCAAAUUCCUUCAGUUCGAGGGAUAUGCUGUCACAAGGGGCCUUAAGGACAUGGAGCAGGAAAUCUCCUCCAUUGAGAAACGCUUUGCUUAUGGCUUCCUGCAGAAGCUACUGAAGUGGAUGGAGAUUGCCCAGGAGUUUAUUGCUCAUCUGGAGGCCGUUGUGAGCAGUGGUAGAGUUGAGAAAUCCCCUCAUGAGCAGGAGAUCAAAUUCUUUGCCAAGAUCCUGCUGCCCCUGAUUAACCAGUACUUUAAGAAUCACUGCCUCUAUUUCCUCUCCACUCCUGCCAAAGUACUGGGCAGUGGUGGCCAUGCCUCCAACAAGGAGAAAGAGAUGAUUGCCAGUAUCUUCUGUAAGUUGGCUGCUCUAGUGAGGCACAGAGUUUCCCUCUUUGGAACUGAUGCUACAGCAGUGGUGAACUGCCUGCAUAUCCUGUCCCGUUCACUGGAUGCCAGGACCGUGAUGAAAUCAGGGCCAGAGAUCGUAAAGGCUGGCCUGCGCUCCUUCUUUGAGAGUGCUGCUGAUGACAUCGAGAAGAUGGUUGAAAACCUCAAACUGGGCAAAGUAUCCACCAAAAACCAGGUUAAGGGUGUGUCUCAGAACAUUAACUACACCACCGUUGCUCUACUGCCAGUGCUUACUUCACUCUUCGAUCACAUUGCUCAGCACCAGUUUGGAGAUGAUGUCAUCUUGGAUGACUUGCAAAUAUCCUGCUAUCGCCUCAUGUGCAGCAUCUACUCUGUGGGGACCGUUAAGACACCCCAUGCUGAGAAACUAAGACCUGCCCUUGGGGAGUGUCUGGCUCAUCUAGCUGCAGCCAUGCCUGUGGCCUAUCUGGAACCCCACCUCAAUGAGUUCAACACAUAUUCAGUCUACACAACCAAAACCCCGAGAGAGAGAGCCAUUCUGGGACUGCCCAGUCAGGUGGAGGAGUUAUGCCCAGACAUCCCCGAGCUGGACGUGCUCAUGAAGGAGAUCGCAGGCAUGGCGGAGUCCGGCGCCCGCUACACGGAGAUGCCCCACGUGAUCGAGAUCACCCUGCCAAUGCUGUGCAACUACCUCCCCCGCUGGUGGGAGAGAGGUGCGGAGAACUUCCCGGAGCAAGAGGGACAGCUCUGCACAGAGGUCACCUCAGAACACCUCAACCAGCUGCUGGGCAACAUCAUGAAGAUUGUGGUCAAUAACCUUGGCAUUGAUGAGGCCUCCUGGAUGAAGAGAUUGGCAGUGUUCGCCCAGCCCAUUGUGAGCAGGGCCAAGCCAGAGAUGCUCAAAUCCCACUUCAUCCCAACCAUGGAGAAGCUGAAGAAGCGCUCGGGGAAGGUGGUGGCAGAGGAGGAGCAGCUCCGCAUGGAGGGCAAGUCUGAGGUGGACAGCGAGCAGGGGACCAUCCGCGAUGAGUUCGCUGUGCUCUGCAGGGAUCUGUAUGCCCUCUACCCGCUGCUUAUCCGCUAUGUGGACAACAACAGGGCGAGGUGGCUGACUUCCCCUGAUCCUGAUGCAGAAGACCUCUUCAGGAUGGUGGGAGAGGUUUUCAUCUUUUGGUCCAAAUCUCACAACUUUAAACGUGAGGAGCAGAACUUUGUGGUGCUGAAUGAGAUCAACAACAUGUCUUUUCUUAUGGCUGACAGCAAGAGCAAGAUGACCAAGGCCGGUGACGGAGAGGGUGGAGGCGCAGAUGCAGAACGUACCAAGAAGAAACGGCGUGGGGACCGCUACUCUGUGCAGACGUCACUGAUUGUAGCUGCUCUGAAGAAAUUGCUUCCCAUUGGUCUAAAUAUGUGUUCACCUGCAGACCAAGAACUCAUAAACUUGGCCAAGAUCCGCUACUCUCUGAAAGACACAGAUGAGGAAGUGAGGGAAUUCCUACAGAAUAAUCUGCAUCUACAAGGCAAGGUAGAGGACCCCUCCAUGCGUUGGCAGAUGGCUUUAUAUAAGGAGACCUCAGGCAAGGCAGAGGAUGCUGAGAACCCAGUGAAGGUCGUGAAGAGGGUACAGGAGGUAGCUGCCGUGCUCUACCACAUUGAAGUGACCGAACACCCGUUCAAAUCCAAGAAGAUGGUCUGGCACAAGCUGUUGUCGAAACAACGGCGCCGGGCUGUGGUGGCAUGUUUCCGGAUGACUCCCCUCUACAACAUCCCCAGGCACAGAGGGUCCAACAUGUUCCUCGAUGGAUACAAGCGCAACUGGCUGGAGAAUGAAGGCUAUUCCUUUGAGGACAAGAUGAUCGAUGAUUUAUCUAAAACCAUGGAGGAGGAGGAGGAGGAAGAGGAGGAGACCGAAGCUAAGCCAGACCCCCUGCAUCAGCUCAUCCUUCACUUCAGCCGCACAGCUCUCACAGAAAAAACUAAACUCGAUGUGGAUUAUCUCUAUAUGGCAUAUGCUGAUAUUAUGGCAAAGAGCUGCCACAUUGGUGAGGAGGACGAAGGGGGAGAGGAGGAGGGGGGCAAGGAGCCAUCCUUUGAGGUGCGGCAGACAGAGAUGGAGAAGGAAAUGGAGAAGCAAAGGCUUCUGUACCAGCAGUCUCGACUGCAUGAGCGCGGGGCGGCAGAGAUGGUCUUACAAAUGAUCAGUGCAUGCAAAGGUGAGCCUGGGGCCAUGGUAUCUUCCACCCUUAAACUGGGCAUCUCCAUCCUCAACGGAGGUAACAGUGAUGUCCAGCAGAGAAUGCUGGACUACCUGAAGGAUAAGAAGGAUGUGGGCUUUUUCCUAAGCUUGCAGUCUCUGAUGCAGACCUGCAGUGUUCUGGACCUGAAUGCGUUUGAGAGGCAGAACAAGGCAGAUGGUCUUGGAAUGGUUUCAGAGGAGGGCACAAAUAUCAAGCUAGAACGGGAUGAGAAAGUGAUGGCAGAUGAUGAGUUCACAUGCGACCUCUUCCGCUUCUUGCAGCUGCUUUGCGAGGGCCACAAUAAUGAUUUCCAGAACUAUCUGCGUACGCAAACUGGAAGCACCACAACCAUCAACAUUAUCAUCUGUACUGUGGACUACCUGCUGAGACUGCAGGAAUCAAUCAGUGACUUCUACUGGUACUACUCUGGAAAGGACAUCAUUGAUGAACCAGGAAAGAGAAACUUUUCUAAGGCAAUGACUGUCGCUAAGCAGGUCUUUAACAGCCUGACUGAAUACAUCCAGGGCCCGUGCACAGGGAACCAGCAGUCCCUGGCUCACAGCAGAUUGUGGGAUGCUGUGGUCGGCUUCCUGCACGUGUUUGCACACAUGAUGAUGAAGCUGGCACAGAUGCACCCUGUCCCAGGACUCCGAAAUGGCGAUCAUUUCCGGAGUCAAAUACACUCCGAGGAUUCCAGUCAGAUUGGUCUGCUAAAAGAGCUUCUAGACCUGCAGAAAGAUAUGGUUGUUAUGCUGCUCUCUCUGCUGGAGGGUAAUGUAGUGAAUGGUACUAUUGCUCGCCAGAUGGUGGACAUGUUGGUGGAGUCAUCCAGCAAUGUAGAGAUGAUACUCAAGUUCUUUGACAUGUUUCUUAAGCUGAAGGACAUUGUGGCAUCGGAUGCCUUCCGGGAUUAUGUUACCGACCCACGUGGCCUGAUCUCUAAAAAAGACUUCUCCAAAGCCAUGGACAGCCAAAAGCAAUACUCUCCCUCUGAGAUCCAGUUCUUGCUCUCCUGCUCCGAGGCCGAUGAGAAUGAAAUGAUCAACUAUGAAGAGUUUGCCGACCGCUACCAGGAGCCAGCCAAAGACAUCGGCUUCAACAUUGCUGUGCUACUCACCAACCUCUCUGAGCAUGUGCCCCAUGACACUCGUUUACAGAACUUCUUAGAGCAAGCUGAGAGUGUGCUGAACUACUUCCGCCCUUUCCUAGGCCGCAUAGAGAUCAUGGGUGCUAGCAAGAGGAUCGAGCGCAUCUACUUUGAGAUCAGUGAGGCGAACCGGACGCAAUGGGAGAUGCCUCAGGUCAGAGAGUCUAAGAGACAGUUCAUAUUUGAUGUGGUCAACGAGGGUGGUGAGUCUGAGAAGAUGGAGCUCUUUGUCAACUUCUGCGAGGACACCAUUUUUGAGAUGAACAUUGCGUCCCAGAUCUCUGAGCAGGAGGAGGAAGGAAAUGGAGAUGAAGAUGAAGAAGAGGAGGAAAGUGGUGGCACAGGAGAUGGGGAUGGAGAAGGAGAGGAAGGAAAUGGGGAGGUGGCACCAGCAGAGCCCAGCUCAGCAUUCGCAGACUUCAUUAAGAGCGUGGUGGGCUUCCUCAACCUUUUCACUUUCCGCAACCUCAGACGACACUACCGCAGGCUUCGGAGAAUGACCAUAAAGGAGAUGAUCUUUGGCCUAGCCACCUUCUUCUUCACCAUCCUUAUGGGCAUCCUACAUUUCAUCUACAGUGUAUGUAAAGGCUUUUUCAUGCUCAUAUGGAACACGCUGUUUGGAGGCGGCUUAGUAGAGGGGGCAAAGAAGAUGACGUUGACCGAGAUCCUAACCAACAUGCCUGACCCAACUCAAGAUGAGGUGCAUGGCGAUCUUCCACCUGAGCCAGGUGCCAGGAAGGUCCAGGACUCAGGUGCAUCGGGUGAUGGAGAAGAGGCUGGCGGAGGAGAGGAAGAAGAUGGGGAUGGGCAGGAGACAGAAACAGGAGGCAGGCCUGGAUUUGAUAUCCCUGGAGGUCUGGGUGAUAUGGGAGAGACAGAGCCAGAAGAACCCCCUACACCAGAGGGUACACCACUCCUCAAGAGAAAACUGCUGGAAGAAGGAACAGUGGGGGAAGAGGAGGCAGAGGGAGCAGAAGAAGGAGAGCCAGAGGCUGUGGAGGAAGAGGCAGCUCCAGAACCAGAGAAGGCAGAUGCUGAAAAUGGAGAAAAACCUCAGAAAGACACAGAGGCCAAGCCAGAGGAGACAGUAGUGGAAGAAGAAGAGGAGAAAAAAGUCAAGGCCAAAGCCAAGAAAGGAAAACUAGCCGAGGGUGGCUUCGAGCUCUGGAAUGAGCUGGAGGUCCAAAGGAUCAAGUUCAUGAACUACCUCUCUCGCAACUUCUACAACCUGCGUUUCCUGGCUCUGUUCAUUGCUUUUGCUCUAAACUUCAUCCUGCUCUUCUACAAGGUGUCCAGUAGUCCCCCAGGUGGGGAGGAGUUCGAAAGCUCAGGCAUGUUUGAGGGUUCUGGGAUGUUUGAGGGGUCUGGCGAAGAGGCAGAAGCUUCUGGAAUGGAGGAAAAUGGUGAUGAGGAUGAUGAAGAAGGCCCCAUCUAUUACUUCCUGGAGGAGAGCACGGGUUAUAUGGAGCCUGCAAUGGCUUUCCUUGGCAUUUUACACACUGUCAUCUCUUUCCUCUGCAUCAUCGGGUACAAUUGUCUCAAGGUCCCCUUGGUCAUCUUUAAAAGGGAGAAGGAACUGGCCCGGAAGCUGGAGUUCGAUGGUCUCUACGUGACUGAACAACCAGAGGAUGAUGACAUUAAGGGCCAGUGGGACAGAUUGGUGCUUAAUACACCAACCUUCCCUAACAACUACUGGGACAAGUUUGUGAAAAGAAAGGUGCUAGAGAAGUAUGGAGAUAUCUAUGGUAGAGAGAGGAUUGCUGAGCUCUUGGGAAUGGACUUGGCAUCUCUGGAUGUCAGUGCAAUGACACAUGAGAAAAAACCUGAAGCUGAUACCUCAGUUGUUACCUGGCUAACCUCUAUUGACAUCAAGUAUCAGAUUUGGAAGUUUGGAGUUGUGUUCACAGAUAAUACGUUCCUAUACCUGGUAUGGUACUUGGUCAUGUCUCUGCUGGGUCACUACAACAACUUCUUCUUCGCCUGUCACCUGCUGGACAUCGCCAUGGGUGUUAAAACACUGCGCACUAUCCUGUCCUCCGUUACCCACAAUGGCAAACAGUUGGUGAUGACAGUGGGCUUGCUGGCUGUGGUGGUGUACCUCUAUACCGUAGUGGCCUUCAACUUCUUCCGCAAAUUCUACAACAAGAGCGAGGAUGAGGAUGAGCCAGACAUGAAGUGUGAUGACAUGAUGACUUGCUACCUGUUCCAUAUGUACGUAGGCGUGAGAGCUGGUGGUGGUAUAGGUGAUGAGAUUGAGGAUCCAGCUGGAGACGAAUAUGAGCUUUACCGUGUGGUCUUCGACAUCACUUUCUUCUUCUUCGUCAUCGUCAUCCUCUUGGCCAUCAUUCAGGGUCUGAUCAUCGAUGCCUUUGGUGAACUUAGAGACCAACAGGAGCAGGUCAGAGAGGACAUGGAGACAAAGUGUUUCAUCUGCGGAAUUGGAAGUGAUUACUUUGACUCCACUCCACAUGGUUUUGAGACACACACAUUAGAAGAACACAAUUUAGCCAACUACAUGUUCUUCUUGAUGUAUUUAAUUAAUAAAGAUGAAACCGAGCAUACUGGACAGGAAUCAUACGUGUGGAAAAUGUACCAGGAGCGGUGCUGGGACUUCUUUCCAGCAGGCGACUGUUUCCGAAAGCAAUACGAAGAUCAGCUCAGCUAAUUCCCAGUGCCACAGAGUGUGUGUGUGUGUGUGUGUGUGUGUGUGUGUGUGUGUGUGUGUGCGUGCGUGCGUGCGUGCGUUAAGGGUGGGUGGCGGAGUGAAACCAAUAAUGUGAGUCGAUAGAAAUGAGACAUUUAAGAAACAUGUUUUCAUGUCUUGAUAGUGUUUGAGUAAUGGCACUACACUUACUGCAGCGCACUCUCACAAAAGUAGCCUUUUAUUUACUUGUGUAAAUGAGUUAAAAUAAGUGAAAGAUGAAUAUGAAAUAUGUGUGUAUGUGUGUGUGAAAGAGAGAGAAAGAAAGAAAAAAGAAAGAUAGAAAGAAAGAAAGAGGGAGAGAAUAAAGAGGAUGGAUGGUAUAAACAGCCUUUAUUUUGUGGCGUUAAAUAUUUGAAGGAUUGAAUCAGGCCAAAAUUAAGCUUUCUUCCUCUCAGUCUUCUUUGCGUUUCUGUUGAUCUUAAAACAUCACAGUGCCUAAUACUGAAUCAACUACAAUAAUGACAAGUACAGUGAUACUGCUUUAUUGAUAGUCAGUAUUGAUCUUUUUAGUAUACCCAGUAAGUAGACUUGAAGACUAUUUUUAGUGUAAUAUAAGAAGUUUUUGUCUGUAAUUAUUUAUAUAUGUGUGCAUACACAUAUACAUGCCAGAGCCAUAUCACUGCAUAAUCUGUCUUCUGACACGGAAGACAUUUUGACAUAUUUUAAGGUAGGCUGGUAAUCUGUGUGAUAAAUGAAAAUGUGCCAGAAAGUAAACAUUAAAAUUAAUAUUUUAUCCUCAGAGAGAAGCAACAAAAAUCCCAAAUGCCUCUUUCUCUAUGGCCAGAAGUACACUUGUCUUUUCAGUGUGAUGUAGCAAUUCAAUCAUAUCUUGCCUCACUGAGAUGCGAGUGUGUACAAUCUGUGGAGGGAUCCUGGCCACACUGAGUCUGCUAUAAAAAUCUGUUGGCCCUCAGUUACAUGUGGACACAUUUCAAGCAAUGCAAAUGUUACUUACCUCCACUGACAUGAUUUCUUCUGAAAGGUUCCACUAAACAGGACAAUGCUGGUUGUGAGUUCUACUCAAGAAAUGGGGUAUCGAUCCAGUCCCACAUAUCUGACCAUAUCUGCCAGGUGUCAUGUGAACAAUCAGUCUGACCUUAGCUGAUUGCCAAAGUGGCAUUUUUGUUUAUUGAAUCACAUUAAAAUAGCAAGUGUAACCACAGCCAGGUUUUGUAUGAGACAAGUUCAUAUAUCCUACUAUCAUGUCUUUUGUUUUAUAUUUUUGGUGGUGAGGUAUGAGCUUAAAGUCACAACUAAAAAUCACAGAAACUUUGUAUGAAUGUUAAAAAACUUCUGCACACGAGAGUCUUAGUAUGUAAUGCUGUUGUAUGUAACACUUGGGUGACACUCACUCCUAUGGUGUUUCUGCCACUGUACAGUACAGACUAAUUAGCAAGGUGAAGGUGUUCCUUGUGUUUCUUACACUAGUUUAGAAAUGCUGUUAGCGGGCAAUGUCCACUUGCUUUAUCAUGACAAUGAAGUUACACUCUAUCAUGUCUCUGUACAUGAGUGUUUCUUUAUUUUUUCAGUGAAUUUGAACAGAAUACAAGCAUUGAGGCUAUUCUGUCAUUUUAAGGUUUUGACCAGAAGGAAUCUACAUACUGUAGGGCUGAUAACUUAUUUUGUCAACUUAAAUAUAUAGAAAAUAUAUUUUUUCGUUGGAGCUAUGAAUUUUUCAGACCUUCUAAGCCAUUCUGUUCUAAGUGACUAUGUAUUAUGUACUUUGUUAACUUUUUUUUGGGUGGGGGAGUAUCUAUAAAGAAUUUAGUAAUGGAAAAAUGGAGGAGAGUUACAUCCAGUUUGCAGUCAGAUAAACAGAUUGUUUUUUGUGUUUUUGCCUGCAAACUCUUGUUAUUGCUUUCAGCCUGAUGCAAUACUUUAUUCUUUUUUCCAAAUAGAGAAAUAAAUUAUUAAUAAACUUCAGAUCUCUCCAAUCUGUGUUACUGCUGAAAUGAAUAAGCCACAGAAAAGCUAUUCCAUACACAGACAUGCAUGUACACACACAUGCAACAUCUUUGCUGUGAGUGUAAGACUGUGUCAGCACCAUGUGCCUGUGUGUAUUCACUCUGAAAGUGGCAGGAGAGAGCUUACUUUUCUUUAAAUCUGACUGGGUAUGUGCCAGAAUCCUGUUUCAAUAAAACUUAAGCCUGUUGCAAUA